AUGACAGAUGAUAAUUUUAACUUUAAUGGUAAUCAAUAUGUUUCUCUUAAAAAGCAACAAUUAUAUUAUGGUUUACAAUCUGUAUCAAACCAUAAUAUAGAUACGCAAGAAGUAGAUCAAGAAAAUGUUAUUUCAAUUGGAAAUCCUAUAAUUCGACGUCCUAAAGGAAGACCACCUGGAACUGCGAGGUUUAAGGGACCUUUACAAACUUUCAACUCAACCCAAUGA